UGUAAUUUCCUGUUGAUUUUAGUUCCCUUGCUUUUGUUUUUCAAUUUUGGGUCCCAUCCAUGCCUUGAAUUAGGGAAGGGGUCUAGCCUGUCUAAUUGUAGGUUCCUCUUGACGUUAGUUUCCGUACUUUGUUUUUCAAUUUUCACUGAUGUCUCCAUCCUUGCCGUACUCAAUUGUAACCACUGCUCCGUGAUCCUUAACAGCCAUUUUCACCUCUCGUCCGAAUCUCCGUAUCACUCUCCCAAGCGUGAUUUGUCUAAUUGGAUGUGCUUUAUUCCCGUAACUGGAUUCAAUCUGUAAUAUGGCUGUGCAAUUAGGACCACAAACAUUUGUGGGAUGAGGGAUGAAGCAGUUUUCUCAUUUCAGAGUUACAUUAUAGGGAAAAUGAUCAUUUACCCAAUUUCUGCUUAAAAAUUGCCCACUUGCUCCACUAACUGUUUUUUAACCCAGUUUACCUAAAACACUCUAAUUAUGGUAUGUUUAGAUCAAUUUUAUAAUCAGCCGUAAAAUUCAUCGAGCCUACUUCUUUUGAACAGUAUAACUAUUAGUUUAUGAGUUUCUUUCUACCAAGUUUUUAAAACCAAGUGUAUAGAUGAAUUUGAUUGCAAAUGCUGCUCCGGAGGAGGUUUAUAAUCAGCUGCCUUCUAGUUUCAUUGGGCGUGUACAGCAUGUCUGUUAGUUUAUGAGUUUCUUGCACUCUUAAGUCUUUUGUAACCAGUAUGUCAUUCAAGAAACCCAACUCUAUCAAGUAUCAAAUAUUCAAAUAUCAUUCUACCAGCCCCUUAAGAAAAGACACUUGAAAAGAGACAAACAGGCAGAUAGACAUAUACAGGCAUACUGCAUAUUAAACUUCAAGUUGAUUGGCAAUCUAAUCUGUGAUAGAAGCAUUGUCUGCAUUCAAGAAAAUGGAUAAACCAGGUUUGACAUUUUCUUUGUAAUGGUUACAUUAUGAAAGAGUGGGGCCUAAUGAUGCCUUACUUUAAACAGGAUUAGUGGAGAGACUAAACAAAUCUAGCAGACCGAUCUAAAGCUUGAGAUUUCCAUUUUUUUAGAUAUUCCAAUUUCUCUGCUUGUAUUCUGCAUUUCUUUCUGUCCUAAGCAUUCUGAUCAGAACAUCGAUGCAAACCAUGAAAACCCUUUUUGUGUGCUGGUUCUUAUUUUCCUUCCUAAGAACCUCAAAUACACUAGACUCUAUCACUUCAACUCAAUUUAUUAAAGAUGGUCAAACUCUGGUUUCAGCAGGUGGAAGCUAUGAACUGGGAUUCUUUAGUCCCGGUAAAGUGAAAGGCAGAUACUUGGGAAUAUGGUACACCUUUUCUACUGAGACAGUUGUAUGGGUAGCGAACAGAGAAAUACCACUUAAUGAUUCUUUAGGAGUUUUAAAGGUCACUGAUCAGGGAGUUUUAGUCCUUCUGAAUAGCUCAAAUGGCACUGUAUGGUCAUCCAAUUCAUCAAGAACCGCAGGGAAUCCAGUCUCACAACUCUUGGAUUCGGGAAAUCUUGUUGUGAAAGAUGGAAAUGAAACUAAUCCUGAUAACUUCUUGUGGCAGAGUUUUGAUUAUCCUUGUGAUACACGCCUGCCAGAAAUGAAGCUUGGUUGGAAUUUAGUUACUGGUUUAGAUAGGUAUGUCUCGUCUUGGAGGAGCACAGAAGAUCCUGCUCAAGGAGAGUUUUUGCUACAGAUGGAUACUCAUGGUUUCCCACAGAUUUUUAUUAUGAAGGGAGCUAAGAUACUGACUAGAGCAGGGACAUGGAACGGCGUUGAAUUAACUGGAUAUCAAGGAAAGCCAAAUCCAGUAGCGGUUUUUGAGUUUGUGUUGACUAAGGAUGAAGUCUAUUAUGAGUACACACUCCUCAACCGGUCAAUGUUUGCAAGAUAUGUAUUAAACCCAUAUGGCAUUGCACAGUGGCUUACUUGGACAGACCACUCACGUAGUUGGGAACCUUUCAUCUCAACUCAGGCAGAUCAGUGUGAAAAUUAUGCCUAUUGUGGUGCUAAUGCUAGAUGUAAUGUCAGUAACACUCCUGUAUGUACAUGCUUGAAAGGGUUUGUACCAAAAUCUCUGAAAGAUUGGAACUCAACAAAUUGGUCUGGGGGAUGUGUUCGGGAGACUCCAUUAGCUUGCAGCUCUACAGAUGGCUUCUCAAAGUACAGUAACUUUAAAUUGCCAGACACAUCUUCUUCCUGGUAUGACAAGAGCAUGACCCUCAAGGAGUGCCAAGGAUUAUGUUUGGGAAACUGUUCAUGUACUGCAUAUGCGAAUUUAGAUUUCAGGGAAGGUGGAAGUGGCUGCUUGCUUUGGUUUGGGAACCUCAAUGACAUUAGAGAAUUCACCUCUGAUUCUCAAGACCUCUUUAUACGGCUGGCUGCUUCAGACCUAGAUCCUAUUGUGAAAAAGAGCAAGUCCAGCAAGAAAAAGCUAGCAGGAAUUCUGAUCGGCUCAUCUGUAUUUCUUGUGGGAAUGCUAAUAGUUGGGUUCAUUUUGUAUAAACGGAAGAGGAAACUCAGAAAGCAAGGAGCCAGAAGAAAGCUGGAUUGCAGAAGGGAGGAUUACCGUGGAGAAGACAGGGAAGACUUGGAGUUACCACUGUUUGACUUGACCACUAUUGCUAAUGCCACUAAUGACUUUUCAAGCAGCAACAAGCUGGGUGAAGGUGGUUUUGGACCUGUGUACAAGGGAACAUUGAUUGGAGGAGAGGAAAUUGCAGUAAAGAGGCUCUCAAAAAAUUCUGGACAGGGAUUGAGAGAGUUUAAAAACGAAGUUCUACUGAUAGCCAAACUUCAGCAUCGGAAUCUUGUAAAGCUUCUUGGUUGUUGCAUUCAAGAAGAUGAAGAAAUUCUAGUAUAUGAAUACAUGCCUAACAGAAGCUUGGACUUCUUUAUAUUUGAUGAAGAAAGACAGAAGUUGCUCGACUGGCCCACAUGCUUCCAUAUUAUUGAGGGAAUUGCUCGAGGGCUUCUUUAUCUCCAUCAAGACUCUAGAUUAAGAAUUAUCCAUAGAGAUAUGAAGGCUAGCAAUAUCUUGCUAGACAAUGAUAUGAACCCAAAGAUUUCAGACUUCGGCCUGGCUAAAACAUUUGGGGGUGAUCAAAGUGCAGACAGUACAAAUAGAGUGGUGGGAACAUAUGGUUAUAUGGCUCCUGAAUAUGCAGUAGAUGGAACUUACUCAAUGAAAUCCGAUGUAUUUAGCUUUGGAGUUGUACUGCUAGAGAUAUUGAGCAGGAAGAAGAACAGGGGAUUUUGUCAUCCAGAUCACCAUCUUAACCUUCUUGGACAUGCAUGGACACUAUGGACUCAAAAUAAUCCUCUGGAACUGGUUGAUGUGACGUUAUGUGAUUCUUGCAACACAUCCGGAGUGUUGAGAUGUCUUCAUGUGGGCCUGUUAUGUGUGCAACAAGCACCUGAAGAUAGACCAAGCAUGUCAUCUGUGGUUCUAAUGUUGGGAAGUGAAAUCAAGUUGCCUACGCCAAAAGAGCCUGGUUUUUACACUGGACGGACCGUUCCAGUUCCUGAAUCAACAUCAACGACAAGUGACUUGUGCUCAGCAAAUAGUUUCAGCACAAUGUUCUUAGAAUCUCGCUAGGUUAUCACAGUUGUUGUGCUUGUUAAUUUAUCAGAAUGAUAUGAAAUUAUUGAUAUUUAAGCAAAAAAGGCACACUGAUAUUAUUUCAUGUCGUGGAACCAAAUGUGUUUGAUAGCUCGACUUGAAGUCUUAACCUUGUAGAUAAUGCAAGAUUUAAUCUACUUAGGUGACAAUUUCAUGUUUAA